UUUCUCUUCUCUCUUUUCUCAUCCUCGUUUAAUUUCUAUUUCCUCCUUCUCCCAUGCAUCCAAAUCCAUUCCCCAACACCCUUCCCUAGAAAAAAAAGUCUUCUCAACCUUGUUUCUUGCAUGUCUCCUUAAUUUUUAUUUUAUUUUAUUUAUUCUUUAUUUUAUUUUAUUUUUUUAUUUCUCUUUUCUUUUCUUUUCUUUUCUUUAGUGUAUUUCACUUUACCCCAUCUCAUUACUUUCAGUUUUUUUUUAUUCUCACCUUCACUUUGACAUUCACACAUUCAGAUUCAGAUUCAGAUUCAGAUUCAGAUUCAGAUUCAGAUUCAGAUUCAGAUUCAGAUUCAUUUAAUAAUGUUUCAGGCCGAUAAUUACAUUUCAUUUCAUGACCUCAGUCCCGAGGCACGCAUCCUUUGGGUGUCACCGUCCAUGAUGGAUGUGCUCGGGUAUUCGUCAGAGGAUGUGGUUGGACGGAAUGCAUAUGAUAUCAUUUAUCCGGAUGACCACACCCAGGGGCGAGUGGUUCAUAAGGAGAAUGUGAUGAAUGACUUUGUGGCCAGUCAGGUCGUCCUUCGAUACAAGGCCAAGGACGGUCGAGCUGUGCCCUGUGUAGCAGUCUUCAGUCUCUGCUAUGACUUUAUCCUCAAUUGUUCCACCCUUGUCGAUCCAAGUGCUGCUGCCUAUAGACACCUUCGAGCGCAUUCUUCUGCAAUGACUCGCCUCGUAGGAUCUAGAAAAGCGGAAUUCGAGCGGAUCAAACGUCAUCACGAGGCAUUUGCAGCCAAUUCAUGGAAUCAUCACGGAUUGGAACCAGAGUUGAGGGUUUGUAUGAUUAUGAACCGGUUCACGCGGAAUCUGGUGAUCAUGUACGCCUCCUCAGCAUGUGAAUCCAUCUUCCAUAUCGAUGCAGACUCGAUCGUGGGCAAGCCCGUUCUGUUGUUUGUCCGUGCCGAUGACCUGGCCCCGUUCGUGGAGCAGAUGGACUCUGUCAAGGCCUCGUCCGCGAUCUCCCAUAUGCGCUUCUGGUUUCAAUCUCCUCAUUGGCCACGGGAAAUUCCAUGCGAGGCCAUCAUGUUUGGGGCUGCAGACGGGAUUGUGGCGAUUAUGCGGAGAUGUAAACCUUUUUUGAGAAAGCAGUUUAUCACGGACAGUUCACAUUGUGGGCCAUAUCAUCAUCAUAAUAAUAAUAACAAUAAAAGUUUGGGAUCAUCAUGGUCUUCCCUUGCCAGUGCUGCAAGGUCACGCCUCUCCACGCCCUCGACCUCCUUCAACUCGACCUCAUCUCUAAAAUAUCCAUCCCAGACAGCAAGUCCAGGGUACUAUGCUGCCUCCAGAGCCAGGCUCAAUAAGAUCCGCAUUGUGGAUGAGAACGAUGGACGGUUAAGGCCCCUGGCCAUUCCGAAGGACGAUCCCAAUCUUUUGUCAGACACAUCUCUCCCUGCAGCGUUCAAGGAGCAUCGGGCACAAUAUGUGGAGGAGGAGGAGGAGGAUGAUGAUUCGAUCGAGGUAGAGAAUGAGGAGGAAGUAGAGAGAUUGAGCAUAGGUCUAGACGAUGGAGAGACCCAUAUGGAUUUCAAUCUUGUGCAGGGUACAAAGGAGAUGGACAUUGGAGGUGGCAAUAGAUUUCAUUACCAGCAGCAGCAACAGCAACAACAACAAUACUAUGACUCUCACCAUGAUCACGGGAGUGUAUACAAUUCUCAGUACUCUAGUCAUUCCAAUAUAUUGGAUCGUACGCGUAACAAUCGUACUUCACAAUCAUAAUCCUAAUCGAAUUUGAAUAAAAUAAAAUAAAAUAAUAAAAAAACGU